AUGAGCAAUUCAAGCGCAACCAACGGUGCAAGCACCGAAGACGGGUUUCAGUGUCGGCCCAUGCGGUUGGGUUCAAAUAGAACUUUGUCCCCGGAAGGCAAGAGGACCAGCUCGGAAACGCUGGUUCACUUGAGCAAGAGGAACCUGGACUCCAGUGUCACCACGGUACUGAGGAAAAAAUCGAUCCAGAUCAAGAAUUUGCCCCGGGAUGUAGUACCUAAAGAUGCCACUCAGAAAUCCAAUGAUAUGAUGGAGCUAAAAAAUGGCAAGUUUGACGAUAUGGUGUUUGCAAUUUGCUUGGUAGAUUUCCACCACCAGCGUGGGCCCGAGAUACAAUAUUGGAAAUCAAAUUAUCACCCGCAGUAUACACCUGAGUUGUUUAAAAAUAUCCCGUUUCAGGCGUUACCGGAUGGCUCGCAUUUAUUUGAAGAGACGUUUCUGAAUUUCAAUCUUGUUUAUGACUUUGACCAGGGCAAAUCCAUCGAUGACUUUGACGCGGUGAACCAAUUCACGGGAGACCCGCGCCACCUCAAGACUCUUUUUGGGUGUUCGUGUGUGAGGCAAGUGAAAACCAGCGACUUGAGCCAAGAAGAACGAGAUCGCAAUAAGGACAUCACUAGGUCAAUUGUACAAAAGGCUGUUGUGGUUAUCGUCAGAAAGCAGCCCAUCUUUACCAAAAUCAAGGAAAAACUAUCAAUCAUCACCCAAAGCUAUUUUCUUCAGGAGACGUUUGACAAUUUCGAAAUUCUAGACCACUUGUUUGACAAUCUCAACCAGCAGUACAAACUACUAAACAACCAGCUCAGCACGCAGGAGGAGGAUGAAAAUUACGUCAACUUGAACUACCGUUCCUCAAUCCUCAAGUUCAAGUCCAACUUCAUGAUAAUAUUCAAGAGCUUGUUGCUAGAGAAGAAAAUUUUAAUUUAUUCCAACAACAAUUUGGAAAUGUUGACGCAGUUUCAAAAUAACCUAAUUUCCCUAAUUCCCAACUUGAUUAAUUUUUUGGAUGAUUCGGGAUGUCCAUUGGUAGAUUUUGUCGAGACCAAUGGCCCUUUAUCCAAACCGCAGUCACUCAGCUCCAAUAACCGUCAAUCGAUGUUGCGGUUUUUCGGCUUACCCUUGCAGAUUUUCAACACCAAAAACGCAUUUUGGAACCCUUACUUACCGCUCCAGCAAUUGAAUGAACUCCGAGUCAACAGUUUUAUGGCAGGUUGCUCAAACUUGUUGUUUGUCAACCAGGCAACGAUGUUUGGCAUAGAUUUGUUGGUCAAUUUGGACACGCUUGAAGUGACCUACCCGAAAACACUCUCGACACCGGACGAUUUUGCGCUCAGUGCUCAAGACAAGAAGUUUAUCAGCAAUUUAAUCUCGGCGCUGCAACUCGAUCCUAGCAGGAAAAAUAGUAAUAGAGAUGAUUUUGUUGGAAGUGACGAUUACAUCCGGUACCAGUUUGAAGACUAUUUGAAUUCACUUGUUGCAGUAGAACGAUUUCACCAGUACCUGCAACGAUUCCAGCAGCCACCACCGGGGUUUGCGCUGGACCUGCAAGAUGCUGGCACGGGCUGUGGCAACGACUUCAACAAACAUUUUAUGGACUCAUGGAGAAAGACGCAGAAUUACCGCAUCUGGAACGCCAUGGCUGAUGAAUUCAUUUUCAAUUUUGUGGAUCCGAAACAUAUUGGCCAUUCUUUGGUCGAUGAGCCGUACUCGAUCAAUAAAAACAUUGCCAGUUUCCUCAAUAAUUUCUCAUUCAAGAAUAAUGCCAGCGCGAAUAAUGUAAGCGUGUCGAGCAACUCGAUGAGUCUCCGUGAUGACAUUAUGAAACCACACAAGUUUAUCGAUGAUGAGGACAACGGCGCCGCCGCCGCCGUGCUGAAGAAAAGCAAGAAGGAAAACGAAGACGACUCCGGGGUGGAUGAGUUAGUUGCCGGUUUUGAGAAAGUGCAACCUACAUCGUCGGCGCAGCACAGCAACAGUAGCAUCAAAAGCAGUGAGCCAGAAUCUAAAAAGCCUGUUGGAUGGGGUGCCGGUUGGGGAUUUGGUAGGAAAUGA